AUGAUGUUGAUGAUGAUGAUACGGGAUGUGGGUGAACUGAAGGAACGUGUGGAGGAAUUGGGAGCGGCGGCAGCAGCACCGUUGGAGGCUCUGAUGGGAUUCAUGCAGCGGCUGCGCCGGGAAGCUCCGGAGAUGAUCGAUGCGGGAGUACAGAAACAGCUGGGGGCGACACUGAGUGAAAUCAGGAGGAGACUUGAGGAGAAAGAGAAAAAAAUGAAGGAGACGAGGAGAACAAUAGAACAGAUGAAGCUCUCUGUGGAAAGAGUGAUGGAAGAACAUGAUAAGAGUUUCAGCAAUCUGAUACGGUGCAUUGAGGAAGCCCACAAGAAACUGACUGAGAGGAUCAAAGAACAAGAAAAGAGAGAAAUUGAGAAGGCUGAAGGAGUCAUGGAGCAGAAGACAAGAGAAGCUGAGCUAAAGGAGCUUUCAGAGAUCAAGGACUAUCUCCACUUCCUGCAGACUUUGUCACCUCUCUGUGUCCUUCCUGCUGAUGGAGACUCACUCAACUUCACUGUCACUGCCGAUUUCUCUUCAAAAGACCUGCUUAAGGAGCUGUCAGGUCUGAAAAAGUGUCUGGAGAAGAUCAGCCAGUGGGACUUCCUGCCUUUGACUCCAUCAGGUUGUGACACUCCAGUUUUCACCCUACAGCCUCCUGAACCUCAAAGCAGAGAGGACUUUUUACAGUACUUCUGUCCACUCACACUGGACAUCAAAACGGCAUACAGUAACCUCCAUCUGUCUGAAGGGAACAAGAAGGUGACAAGUGGAGAGAUAGAGACUGAAUAUCAUGAUCAUCCUGACAGAUUUGACUGCUGGCCUCAAUUUUUAUGCAGAGAGGCUCUGACUGGGACUCGCUGUUACUGGGAGGUGGAGUGCAGUGGAAGCCUCAUGAGGAUUGGAGUCGCAUAUAAAGGUCUGAGGAGGAAAGGAGAGAGCAAGGAGUGCGGCCUGGGAAAGAAUGACAAGUCCUGGUGUUUGCUGUGGUCUGAUUCCCAGUACUCUGUGUGGCACAAUAACCAGCAGACUGUAAUCAGCGCCCCCUCAAGCCCCAGAAUAGGUGUGUAUCUGGACUGGCCUGCUGGCUCUCUGUCAUUUUAUAGCGUCUCACAGACAAUGACCCUCCUGCACAGGUUCAACACCUCCUUCACUGAGCCACUUUAUCCAGGGUUUGGGUUUUGCUUCUAUUUUACCUCCAGUGUAACAAUCUGCCAUCUGACACCAGGUGACCACUGACCAGUACCCCCCACCGGUCACUUGAUGUCCCCACAAGCACAUGUCCUGUUUGUAUUUGUAGUUUGGGGUCAAAUUAAAUUUACUGGAAUAGCACCUCUGUGAUUGAAUUUGUAGAUAAGAAUGUGGGACAAGUGCAACUGUCGGGGUCUCCAUUAUUAUUGGGUUUGAGUAGCCAAUCAGGUGUGUGUAUCAAAGUGAGGGGCGGUGACAGCUCAGACAUACAAAUACCAGUCUGACCAGCAGGGGUCACUGUUGAUUCACAGCCACAUGUCCUACAGGCUGACACCCCAAGUGUUACUGAGGCCCCCAAGUGUCACUGAAUGUCACCUGUUAAGUAGGACAGGCAUGUGGUCCUGCUGGAUCAGCACAACUGAAAGGCGCUAUACAGACUCAGUAUGAAGAGCUCUUGAAUAGUGACUAUAUGUAGGAGCAGAGAGUGACAGAGGGGACUGGAGUGUUGUCCACUCACCAGACAUUUUGAAACCCUCCACUGGUCACUCAAAGGGUCCUUCACUUCAGAAUGAAUUCACUGUGAAUGUCUGAAGACGAGGACUCACCAGUCAGUCAGAUGUUAGCCAUACUGACAGAGUUUGGUGUUUUAGUUGAUGUCACAUUAAACUUUAAACUGCACCUCCUCCUUGUCCCCAGAUUUGUCACUCUUGGUACCCUGAAAGCUCCAACAUCUUCAAAAAAUGAAUUCUUGGUGAGUUGGCACACACUUGACAUGGGUGCACAUGUGUGGCUUUGCAGUGGACUGACACCCCGUCCAGGGUUGGUCCACCAUGUCCACAAACCUGAAAUUGAAAAUUGGAUAAGAAAGACAAGGAAUGGACAGAAGGGGUCACUGAUUGGUCAGUCGCCACACUACUGCCUCUUGUGGCCACUCUGAAUAUUAAACAACAAUUUAUACAAAAAGGAAAUCUAAAAGAUAAAAGCAGAAAGCAUUCAGUGAAAUCCUGAGCAGUGAAACAUAAAAGGAGAGAAUGAGAAACAAUCAGAGAGUCUGACGAAUGGAGACUUUAACAGGAGGACUGAGGGGUGGGACUGAAGUGCAGUGGCGCCCUCUAGUGGACACCCGCCAUAUUACACACAUGGGAAAGGUCAGCAGUGAAGGGGAGAAAAGAAUACAGGGCAGUUUAAAAUAAAUAAGAAUAAAGUAAAAACACAAGAGUAAAACACCUGAAAAAAAGAACUUUACAUAUUAUAUCUUAAACUAAUUAAGAUAAGAU